CGAUAAAAAAUGACCCAACCGUUCGCACUCGUACAUUGACAACGGAAGAACCACAAGUACUAGCUUCUCCGAAUAAAAUUUGGAUAUCUUACGUGUCAGUCACUGCGUGGGAAUGCUCUAAGCAUCGUUUAAACCAUGUAUUCCUCAUAGUUUCUCCAUACAAUGAAAGGAUAAGAAAUCGUGAAAUUGGGCGUUUUUCCAACUAUUUGUAUUGUGAUCAACCAUGUAUUACACCUGAUUACUAA